AUGGAAGUGAGAUCUGAAACUGGGGUUGUGGCCAAUAGGGAACCCUUUUCCGUUGGAAUGCAGAAGCCCACUGUCCAAUCUCCGCCGUCAAUGCACAACAUGCGGCUAACCUUCACUCCCGAUGGCACCGCCGUCUAUAAACCCAUAGCAACUAGCUCUCCCCCUCCUCAACCUCCAUCUUAUCAAGGAGGAGGAGGUGGUGGAGGUGUUGGAGCUAGUGGUGGUGGUGGUGGUAAUGGCCCUACCAGUGGUGGGCCCACCGGAGGCGGUAAUGGGCCAUCUCCGGCCAUCCCUCCUCCUCAUGGGCUUAGCAUCAAUAUGGGUGAGCCUGUCAAAAGGAAGAGGGGGAGGCCGAGGAAGUAUGGGCCAGAUGGCACCAUGGCUCUCGCCUUGAUCCCAGUUUCGCCUCCUUCCGCGGGCCCACCAACUUCGGGGGCUGGAGGGUUCUCUCCUUCUUCUGCUCCGGGCGUGUCCGGCUCGGCUGACCCUGGCUCGGGAAGAAAGAUGCAGAUGGCUGCUCUUGGGUCAGCAGGUACUGGAUUUACCCCGCAUGUUAUCACUGUUAAGGCCGGAGAGGAUGUAUCAUCGAAGAUCAUGUCAUUUUCGCAGAAUGGACCACGUGCAGUAUGCGUUCUUUCAGCAAAUGGUGCCAUAUCUAAUGUGACUCUUCGUCAGGCAGCAACUUCUGGUGGUACUGUAACUUAUGAGGGUCGUUUUGAAAUCUUGUCUCUGUCGGGGUCAUUUCUGCUAUCAGAGAGCGGAGGCCAUCGUAGUCGUACAGGUGGACUCAGUGUUUCAUUGGCCGGUCCUGAUGGUCGUGUCUUAGGUGGCGGAGUGGCAGGACUUCUGACAGCUGCAUCACCUGUACAGGUGGUGGUGGGCAGUUUCAUUGCUGAAGGAAAGAAAGAGCCGAAGCAAACUUUUUCCAUGGAUCCUUCCUGCGCCCCGGGGAAGCUUGCCAGCAGUGGGCUCAGGCCUGGGCCCAGUCCCAUGCCCGUGCCCAUGACAGAAACCAACAGCCCACCGUCACGAGGCACGCUGAGCGAAUCUUCUGGUGGUCCAGGGAGCCCGAUAAACCAGAGCACGCGCACCACAUGCAACAAUAGCAGUCAGCAAGGGGUGGUUAACAACAUGCCGUGGAAAUGAAAUUGGGAAGUUUGUUCUCUCCUUGUGAUGCUGUAGCUUCUGAGACACGUCCCGCUUUUUGUUGGGUUUGUAUUAUUAUGUCAUCUGAUGUAGGCUUUUAGGUUCUGAUGAUGUGUGGGGGUUUUGGCAUUUAGUGAGUAGGAGGAACUUGUAGCCGUUGUCGUUGUUAGUGUUCCUAUUAGUAUUAGGUUGGUCAUUUAAAGACUAUGCAUGUUCGUGUAUCUUGUCAUCUUAAUCAUAAAAUCAUUUGUUGAUCCUA